GCGCCGUGGAGGGUGUGGUUCUAACCUGGCCCUGCCUCUGGGGCUGCCUUUCGCGGCUUGUAAGAGUCUGGGAAUGGGCUGGUGGUGACCCAAAUCACCGCGGGGCCACCCAAGAAGCUACCCUGCCCGACGGCCCGGCUGACUGGGACUUGGACUCUGCUCUUCGUAUCACACUCUCACCCACGUCGUGACCCCAACCCCCUCUUCCUUUAAGUUGUUUACCUUUAGUUUUCAAUAGCGCUGCGGUGUGGUCGUAGGUGUCCAGUACUUGGCACGUUGUUUUUUUGCCCUGUUUUGCUUUGUUUUUAGGCUUUUAAUAGCCAGAGCUAAAAGCGUGUUGAGCUUUUGGGCACUUGAUUGAUGCAUUCAGAUAUCUCAAGGUGUAUGUCCGGUGAAUCGUCCCCUUAUCCCUCCAUGCUUUUCUCCAAUUUUACUUUCUAGCCUUACUUAGCAUUCAGGGUUCCCUAGUUAUUUUCCUUCCCCCCCGCCCCUCGGGUAAGCCCACUGGAGCAGGCAGGGCAAAACUUUUUUUGGUUGUCCUUCCUGUGACUGGUCUGAACGUUAUGAGCUGCAGGGAAGAAGAGGGAAGCCCAUUUUAGUCACAGGUACCAAACUGUUCGGUUUUCUUAGUUAACAAAGCUAAGUGCUUCUUGUGUUGUUUGGUUUAUUUCCUACUUGUUUCGGAACCCAGUGGAGAGGACGCGUGAUUAUUUGGCACUUUGAACCCCUAACCGGAAGUUGGUCUCCUUUUCCUAGUUAGGAAAUAUAUUUGGAGGGUUUUUUGUUUGUUUGUUUUAAAAAUUUUCCCCAGUUUAAUGGAAGCACUAUCCCCACGAAGCUUCUGCGAGUUAUAAUACUAAAGCUCCUUUAGUCCACCCCCUUUUAAUUAAUAUUCCUGGAUAUGUAGUCGACCCACUGUUUAACAGUUAAUUAAAAAUAGAAUAAGAACACUUAUUAUAAACUGUGGAAGUGCCACCUGUGUCUGUAUCAGUGCAACACUCGAGAAUAAUUAAUUUUUUUCAUUCCUAGAUAAUUGUUUUUCCCCUCCCCCAUCCGUUCUGAGCAUGGAACUCAGGGUAAGAGUACAUACUAGGCAAGUACUCUUACUACUGAGCAACAUCCCCCUGACCCAAUCAAUCUCUAAAAGACUAGAUGGUUAUUGAAACUUUUAUUCAGUAAGUCAUCCACAUCAUUUAAGACCAGCAGGAAACCAGAUGAUGAAAAGGAUUUGAUAUUAGCCUGUGUUUUAGUAAAAAUUGCUAAGUGUGAAGGAAUUUUCAAAGUUGAAUUACACUAAGGAAAUGUACUGUUAGUUGGUAGCUGCAUGUUAUCCCAAAACUUAGUGGCUUAACACAAUAAUUUUAUCACUUUAAAGUUUCUGUGGGUCAAAAAUUCAGAAAUGGCCUUUGAGUGGAUCUGACUUGUCUUUGAUGAAGCUGCAGUGAAGAUAUCUCUGACAGGGAUGUGAAGAUAUGAUAGGGCUAUAGGAUGCUUCAAAGGUAGCUCACUUACAUGCAUGGCAGUUGGUUCUGGUUGUUGGCAACAGGCCUCCAUUCUUCUCUAGUGGGCCUUUCCCUGGACUGCUUCAAUGUCACUUAAGACAUAGUGUCAUUCCCUAGAUUGAUCAAUCCAAAACAGCAAGACAGAAGUCACAGUGUCUUAUGCCACCAUGUGGCAGUAUCCUAUUGGUUACACAGGUCAGCCCUGUUUCUUAUGGAGGGGACUACUGAGCUUGUGAUUGCUAAGCAACAGGAAUCCUGGAUAGCCAUCUAGGUGAAGGCCCACAUAGGGGAGUCCCCCUCAAGUUUGUUUUUAUUAGCAUAAAUUCAAUAUGAAUCUCACACUAAUGUAAAUGGAAAACAUUUGUCACAGUAAACAUUUAGAUGUUUUUUGUUGGAUAGUCCACUGUCUGGAGUGUUCUUUUUCAGUGUCUUGUAGGUAAGAGGUUUAAAUUGGUAUUGGGGUAUCCACAGCAACAAUAAUAGACCAGCAUGAUAAGUUAAAAUUGUAAAAGGAAACUUUAUAAUCAGUCAGUUGCCCCUAAGCAAUGUCUUUAAUGGAAUGUCUUUAAGUUCUGUUGCCCCAGGUUGGCCAGGAACUCCUGGGCUUAAGCCAUCCUUCUGCCUUAGCCUGGGACUACCUGUAGCCAACACCAUGCUAGGCUGCAGGGUUUUUUGUUUUUUUUUUCCCCCAGUUGUGCAUUUCCUUCCCCACCUGUGGAAUGGAAUCCUUGAGACAAGAAAGGGUAAAGAUUACUGCUGGAAGGUCAACUGUGAAUUCAACCAUUACCAUAAUUAUCUUACAAAGGAAAAAUUGGGGGUAAUUUAGAAUUUGUUCUUAGAAGUUGUAUUGAAUAUUCUGUAACCAAAAACUGGGUCCUUGACCCCAAAUGCCAAUUAAUGCUAAUUUAAUAAUGAGAAAAAGGAAAAAAGUUGUUUUAUUGCUUUGCUAGUAAAGGAGAAACAUCGGGAAUCCUGUCCCUGAGGCUGUGAUUCUCACUGUCAGGAGGGACAGGGUGGAAGGUGUUGGUUUUAAAGGAACUCUUCUAAGGUUACAUUCCAGAUGUGUUCUGGUAGGGGGUCCCAGGGCACCCUGUUGGCAUGUAGGGAUUCACUUGUUAAUUUGGGAGAUAUUAAUUUCCCAGAUCCUCAGCAGGCAUCUCCUUCCCAUAGUGAGUGAGUUCAAGGACAAUUAACUAGGAGAAGAAAAGAUACACUGUCUCCCUAAUAUUUUUAGGGAGGGGGGAGGAAAGGGGAGAAGACCUAAAAAACAAACAAAUAAACAAACAAACAAAUGUUCUUUUUUAAAAAAAUAAGCCUUGGAACAACAAGGGCUAUAUUCAGAAGUUGAAGGGACCACUGUUAAAAUUCAUUUGCUAAUUUUUCUUAUUAGAUUUUCAGUUAGCUGUUAAAAUUUUCUUCUUGAUAUUCAUUAAAUCAUUCUAAAAAUUUCAGUAUAAUUGGUCAUUUUUUUGGUAGAAGUUCAGCUAUUCCCAUUAUGGUUGACCAGUAGUAAGUGAAAUUGCCUGGUUUCUAGCCUUUGUUAUAUUCACAAUCUCAAUAUGUGUCACUGCCAGCUAUUAAUUGUUUUGCUUCUAGAUCCUUUUUGUUUAUUCCUGCCCCGACAGACCUGUCUAUGUUCCCAAUCCCUGGCCACUGUGUCCUAGUGUGAGAUGCUGCUCUGUGCUGCUGGAGCACACUAAUUUGAGAAUGUUUAUGACUGCAAGGUGUGGCUGUGUGUGCCUUCUACCCCACCCCUUUUGGUUAUCAGCUUCUAGCCCCCCCCCCCUCCUUUGGUUAUCAGCUAACAGUAGUGAGUGUGUUCUAGAGCAAUUAACUAGGGGAAGAAAGGAUAACACUGUUAUCUUCUCCCUUCUUCCCCUCCCUAACAAGAUUAGACUUGGUCUAGUGUAUGAAUGAAAAAGUAAAACUGGGAUUGAAAGUGAACAGAGGAACAGCAGUAGGCAGGAGUUGGGAGUGUAAUCACAAAAUGAUGGAUGCAGACCUCUACAGAUUCAGUGAAGCUGUUUAUUCAGCUCAGGCACCGUGGGGCUCAUUUUCUGGAUGUGGAAAUAGCUGUUGGUUACAGAGGGGAUUUUAGUUUUAUAGUGUACAGUGAGGUGGUUUAAUCAUUGGAAACUGUGGACUUGCCCUUUGGACAGUCAGGGGCUAGUUGUGUAGGUUAAAUCUUUAACUCAGGAAGGCAGUUGUAAAAAGGUUGAAACUCAUUGUUACCUGGAGAGAUAGUAGCGCAGAUUCCAAGAUAGUACUCAAAUCUCGCCCACUGGUUUUCUUUUUCUGGGAUUUGUUGUUUCCCAGAGUUUCGAUAUUUGCUGUGCCUCCAUUUAGGACUAAUUUGCAGUGGGAGAAAGGUCAAAAUACAAAGCCCAGCACUUAGUAUCCGCCUGCUUCCUUCAGUGCCUGUUGUUUUUGGGAAAGGAUUUACUAGGAGAAGUUAAUGCUUCGCUAAUUUCCCCUGCCUCCUCCUGAGCUGCACUGUAACCCUUCAGGAAGUGGCUCAGAAUGAGUGAAUAUUCUGAGGAAGAAGAAUUCAUCCAGGUAUUCACUCAGCAGGCAUUUACAGGCAUCUCUCAAGUUUUUCAUACAGUGUAUUUUUCUUGGUGCUCUAUGUCUAGUAGAAAGACAAACCACAUAAGUAUUUAUUUAGACCCCACUAUGUACCACCCUGUGCAAGCUGCGUUUUAUAUCCAUUAUUUCAUUUGACUCUCUCAAAAAGGCUUUUCAAGAUGUCCAAUAAAGAAUCUUAUGGAAAAGAAGAAAAGUCUCAAAGAAAAGGCACUACCUUAUUGCCAGUCUUUGAUGAAGAAGACAAGAAAAAGAAAAACACCUCAGCAAGUUCUACUAGUUCAGUUUACUCUGUGAAAUCAGUUUCAUCAGAGAGUAGGAAACUGAAAUCAGAUCAUACAGACAUUCUAUAUUAUAAUACAAAAAGAAGACAGGAACUGAAAAGAUCGAAUGUAGACGUCGACACAGACACACCAAAAAAGAGACUGAAAACCAGUUCCUCAUCCCAAGGACCUGCUAAAUUCCAAGAAACAUCAUAUUCAAAUGAUAAUCAGAUUAUAUUACAGAUUCCUUCUUCAAAAGAAAUUAAAGAUAUUAAAGUUAAAAAUAUUAAAUUGACAAAUGUUAGGAGUAAGCUUGGCCAUGAAAUGAAAAAUCUUAACAGUCAUAAAAUUACCAAAGAUGUGAAACCUAAAGUUGAAGGCCAGGCAAAGGAAAAGAAGUGGCCUCAUUUACUGGCCCAGAGGGAGAAGAUGAAAGAACUGAACAGAAAAUUUAGAGAGAAUUCUGAAAAACCUGUCUUGGAGAAAUGCCAGAAAAAUCCGUUUUCUCAGGAUUGUAAUUCCAACAGGAUAAUUAAGGAACCCUUUGAAUCUAGAAAGAAGAUCAGCUUCAAAAUCCCAAUAAAAUCUUGUAAUACUUUCCAGAGGCUGGUAGAACAAAAUGUCUUUAAUUUUGAAUCUAAUAAGUCAAAGACUAAACAAGAGGGAAAAGGUGGCCUGGGAACCUCACGGGUUUCAUUAAAUUUGGCCAGGCACAAAACUGAACGCUUAUUUUCAGAUUCUUCUUGUAAGCAUGAGUGGAAAGGAAAGCAUCAUCAUCAGCGUCAAGAAAGUAAAGAUUCAGUUUCCAAGGAACUGUUUACCCAGAGUUUUGAAACGCCGUGUUCUUCAAUGGGACCUGAAAGUAUUCAAGAUACAGAUCAAGAGAUGCAGAUAGUCGAAGAGCUUCAUGCUGCACGCGUGGGGAAAAGUGUGGAUUUACCUGUGGUACCACCUUCUGGAGAGUUAAUGAGUAUGGAAAUUGACUUGGUGGAAGAUGAUGUACAUUCCUCUGCUGCAAAUACUGAUUCAGACAAAAAGCUUCUAAUUGUUAUUGACACGAAUAUUCUGAUGAAUCAUCUCAAAUUUGUUAGAAUUUUGAAGACAACAGAAAUACCAGGUUUUGAUGGACUUGUGUUAAUAAUUCCCUGGGUUGUUGUGCAAGAGCUAGAUCGUAUGAAGGCAGGAAAACUACUAAAACAUGCACAACACAAAGCUAUACCUGCAGUUCAUUUCAUCAAUGACAGCCUCAGAAAUCAGGAUGGAUCGCUGUGGGGUCAGUCAAUACAACUUGCAUCUCAAAAACUUUAUGGACUGAGUGAUGAGAACAAUGAUGAUAGGGUAUUAAAAUGCUGUCUGCAGUACCAGGAUUUAUUCCCCUGUUCUCUUGUUAUUCUGUGCACCGAUGAUAGAAAUUUAAGAAACAAAGGCCUAAUAAGCGGUGUGAAGUCACUCAGUAAAGAAGAAUUGAGUGGAGAGCUGUGUAACUUAUCUCUGAACACAGAUGUGUGUCAUCAGCCUUGUGUUUCUAAGCAACGAUUGAAAGCAGAAGCAACACCAGUAGAAGAGAGCUCUGAUGAAAAGUCUACAAAUUCAGGACUGUCCAUUCUACUUGAACGCAUAAUAUCUGAUCUUGAAAAAUCUCUUGGAACAGCUUUAUCUUCAAUAUUAGAAACAGAAAUGAAAAUUGCUUUUGGAAACCUUUGGAUGGAGAUGCUGUACUUGAAACCACCAUGGACUCUAAUACACUUAUUACAGUGCUUUAAAAAACAUUGGUUGGCUGUGUUUGGAUUAGUUAUGGAAAAGAACUUGCUUUUAACUGUUGAGAACCUAUAUGAAAAUCUCUGUAGAGCUAAUAAGGCAGUGGAUUUUACAACAGUGAAAUUCCUGCUUCAGGAUUCUAAAAGUUUGUUACAGGCUUUCAGUACAAGGUCAAAUUAUGAUGGUAUUCUUCCACAGGCCUUUGCUGAAGUGAACAAACUGCUCCAAACAUGUACAGAGGUCAAAACAAAACGGUCGCCAAAUUCUUCAGAAAAUGCAGUGAGUAAAAAACAGGAAGAUAGUUCUUCGAUGAAGUCUCAUAACCAAGAAAUCACUGUUUUCUCCAGUUCUCCUCUUCCCCAACCCAAUAGGCAUCAAGAAAUAUGGUCUAUCCUAGAGAAUCUUUGGAUUACAAUAUAUCAAAACAGUACAGAUGUGUUUCAAAGAUUGGGCUCAAAUUCAACUCUGACUACUUCAAAAAUAGCAUCUUUUGAGGAAGCAUUUAUAUAUCUUCAAAAGUUAAUGGCAGCAGUGAAGGAUAUUCUUGAAGGAAUACAGAGAAUUUUGGCCCCCAACAGUAAUUAUCAAGAUGUCGAAACUCUCUAUAACUUCCUAAUCAAGUAUGAGGUAAAUAAAAGUGUCACAUUUACUGCCCAGGAACUUUAUGAUUGUGUUUCACAGACUGAGUAUCGGGAAAAGUUAACGAUUGGGUGUCGCCAGCUGUUUGAGAUGGAGUGUACCAUGCAGCAGUGCAAUGCAUCUGUCUAUAUGGAGGCCAAAAACAGGGGAUGGUGUGAGGACAUGCUCAAUUACAGGACUUAAGUGCUGAUUUGUAACUGAAGAGGGAUUGCUUUUGUCAUCAUGAAUAACAGAGUAACUUUCAACCUGGUCUCUUUUUUGAGCCAAAUUCUAUUGAGAAUUUUGAAGUUUUAUAGGUACAAAAAAGUGAUACUACUGACAAUCUCAUUGAAGCUCUGAAAAGCUUAAUGCAUCAGAUGUGGGAUAAAUUGUUGAUUCUUCUAGAGUUGACAAUAUGUCCAUACCUCUAUCUGAUACUGAGCCAGUAUCUCUAAGGAAAAGAGAGCCAUCUUUUCAGUCUUACUAUGGCAGAAGCCAUUGUGGCAUCUGAGGAAGGCCCAGGACACAUCAUUAGCGUCUCUCCCAACCCUGAGUAUGGGCACAUGAUCAGACACUGCUAGAUGCUAAGAAAAAAUUAGGACAUGACCAUGCUUACCACAUUCCACAAAUAAAAUCUCGUCCUGGGUUGGUUUUGUUGUUUGUUUUUCAUGGUACUGGGAUCAAAACCAGGGGUGUACUACCACUAAGUUACAUCCCCACCCCUUUUUAUUUUUUGAGACAAGGUCUAAGUUAUUAAGGCUGGCCUUGAAUUUGUGAUCCUCCUGCCUCAGUCUCCCAAGUUGCUGUGAUUACAGAUGUGUGUUACCAUGCCCAUCUGUCCUGGGCUGCUCUUAUGAUCAAACUUUGAGUCAAGUAAACCUGGUGGAAAUAACACCACUCCCACCUUCCUCUGGUAAUGAAAGAAUUUUGACUUUAGUUCCUAUCUUUCAAUUCAGCUCUUCUUUCCUUCUCUUGGCUUAUAGCUUUUCAGUUCAUUUCCAGUGGGGAAGAGCAAGGCAACCCCUAUUGAAUUGUUGCUUAGGUAUGGAAAGCAACAUGGAUUUUUCAAAUUAAGUGGCAGUGACUGAUGUUUGCCCCUGUCUGAAAGCAAGUGUUUAAUUGACUUGUUUCUUAGUUAUGUAGCAAGUUGGAAAUCCUUGUUUACUGGUGUGUAUUGUCCUUUUGUUAGUAUAUUAGACUAAAUCAAAUUUGGAAUUCUAUUAUAAAUGUUCAUUUAUUUUUAAAAACGAGCAAUAAAUAACUUAUUUUUAGAAAGCUUUGCUUUUCAUUUUGCUUCCAAAUAGUGUUUCUUAAAUGAGUAAAAUAUGUAAUUAUAAAAGUGACCCUCAAAAGAGCCAACUCAAGAUGCUUACUGGGAGUUGGUGCUGGACCCACUAAGCUGUCUGCAGUUAGGAAACUGCACCAAGUACACAGAUGGGGCUGAGAGUGUCUGGGACACAGCAGGCUUCAGGAGAGUAUCUCUGCUCUUCCCUUUUUCUCCUUGAGGAUCCAAAAAAAGCACCCCCCCCCCCAAAAAAAAAAAAAAAACAACAAACAAACCUCCAACCCUUCCAGAUCUUCAUCCCUCACCUAUUUUGUUUGUUAUUGGGUUUUUGUUUUGCUCUGUGGAUAAUGAGUUUUACUUGGCAUAUUAAUUUAUGUCACUUCAUUUCAACUUAACAAUUUUUUAUUUUAUUGAGAUACAUUCUUUCUACUUUUAUAUUUGUUUUUUAAAUUUUCUCUAGUUGAAAUGUUUGGUUUUUCUUUCUCCCCCCUUCCUUCUUUACCAAUCGUAAGCUUUAUUGUUAGUUUUACCCUUGUUCAACACAGGAGAUUGCAAGUUCCCUUUUCCCCUGCUCUGUACUUUCUCUGGCUCCCCACUGUUUUAGAGUUAACUCACUUGGCUUAUGAAUCUCAAGCCCCAUGCUGUAUAACUUUAGGCUCUGAACUCUCCAUUCUUUAAUAUGUAUAGCUGGUAUAUUUGGGGCAGAAGCCAUAAGAAGCAUGCUGUGAACCCAAAGAGACUGAUGAGAAAAUUCAUACCAGAGGAGGGACUUUCUAUACAAAUACCCUUGGCCUUGACCUACUGAGGAGCUUUGAGGGUGGGUAUUCCAGCAAUGUUCCAUGCUUGGGUACAAGAUCCCCUUUUAUCUGCCUUUUCAACUUAUUUAGAAAAAGUAAAAUUUUACCAAAAAACUUGUUUCCCUCCUGGGAGGAUUGCAUGCUCCGGUUUGGAGAGUUCCCCAGCUCUCUCUAUAUUCAGGGCAAAGGAAAAGUGUUUUAAAAAUUGAGAUUUGUUGUAUUCCACUGGGUCCUCUUGUUAGGACAUGCAAUUGUGGCAAAAGCCAUAAGAAGCAUGCUAAAACAUUUGGGUUCACAGCAUGCUUCUUAGGCAAUUGUGGCUGUACACAUUAGAAUUUCAGAGACAGAUUUCAUUUUCACAAUGUGGGUGUUUGUGCCCCAUGUAAAAUCAAGUGAUGUAAGACAGAGCCAAAGUUCUUCCCUUGUUACUUUGAAUGCAAUCUUCAGGAAGAACAGAGGCCUUUUCAGGGCCAAUCUACAUUUAUUUGGAUAGUGUAUUGGUCGAUUUUCAGAGUUUAGGUUAUAAUGUUCAUAUUACUGAUAUCUGGCAACUCCCUAGAUCAGCCCCCUACCGUGAUGGAUUGGGAGGAAUUUAUAUCUUAAGGGAAAUAUAACUCAUUACUGAAAAAUCAAUUAUUCCUUUAUAACCAAAGGUAGUGAUGAAUAUAAUGUUUAUAGGACUGAAUUUGUGGGUUGGCCUUCCCUUGAAGAUUCAUAGAUUGUUGUUUUCUUGUCUUUCCUUCUCUUCACUCAUGUUAAAUUGCCUUAGGCAUUAUGUAGCACUUGGAUUCUUCAGAUUUGGGGGAACAAAUUAAGUGACUGAAGCCAGCUCUGAAGAUGCAGAAAUGCUCUAUUGGGACUGACUCUUUCCCUGACCACUUAAGAAUUUGAUUCUAGCAGUAUAUCAUAUCCCUAAAUCAAUUUGUAGGGAAUUCUAAAACAUUUUAAAUAAAUUCAUGCCUAAGGAUAGCCAAUUACUUGGUAAAUUAAAGGCAAGUAUUUUACCUGGAGGUGGCACAUACCUGUAACACCAGCAACUUGGGAGGCUAAGGCCAAGAAGAGCAACUUACUGAGACUCAGUCUCAAAUUAAAAGGGGCUACUCGGUGAUAAAGUGCCCUUGGAUUAUAUCCCCAGCACCCUAAAUAAACCAACAAAAAAAUGCAAAUGUUUUAUAAAAUGCUACUGUUUUAGAAAAUCUAGUAUGUUUUUUACAUACUAUUACAAGAAAUCAAAGUUGUGGUGUUAUGAAUUAUAUUUUUAAACCAUUCUAUAACAUAUAUUGGUAAAACCAAAACAAACCCCGAAUUUUUAAAAAUUAUGUGACUAUUGUUUUUCAGUUGUUUUCCCCCACAUGAAAACUUGUGUUCAGGAAGAUUAGCCAUAAUAACUUCUUAAAAAACGUUUAGCCACCAAACUCCCUGUUUCGUCAUCAAUGGUAAUGCAGGAAAACUUCGACACAAAGCAUUCCCAUAUAUUAUUUGCAUAAAGCAUGUCACUUAAGAAAUGAAAAGUGAUUUCAAGGAUUUUAGUGCUGAAUCCUCAACUUAAACUUUAUUUCCUUGUGCUGAAUAGAACAAACACAGAUCCAUAAACAACAGUCAUCCUAUUAGGCAAAUUCAAAUUUAAACUUCUAGUUUUAGUUCAGAAACAAACCAGAGACAGAUGGUUAGUCAGGAACUACACAGUAACCAGGUGAACUGAUUUCCUUUCUUGGUUUUCUGUAAAAACAGAUGAGAGAAAGGUGGCAAAGUACCAGAGUACCAACGUAUUUCAAGAAAAUAUUCAAUUUUUUUUCCUAACCCAAGUUAGCUACUGAAUAGUCCUCUCAUCCUACAUGGCUCAUUAGGUUCCUGUGUUUCAUUGUCUGUGACAAGAAAAAACACCUUACAUUAUCCAUUUCUUUCAGAUGUAAUAUGCCAGGUGGGUAUUUUCCCCAAAUGCUUUAACUCUUCCUCACUGAAAAAUUUUCCCCCAAACUUUUAGUAAUGAAUGAGUACACAAACAACUGGGUAUUAAUCCCAUGGUGCAAGGAUUUCCUGCAAAGUACCUUUAAUGUGUUUGCAUCUGCAGCAAGCAUUAGGACGUGCUAAGUUUAGCACCAUCAGUUAGGCGUGUAACACUACACAUUAGACACCAAAUCAUCCCCCAGAUUUAUCCAUAAGAGCAAAAAAAAAAAAAAAAAAGAAAAACUGAGCAAAAACGUAGUUCUGAUAAAGGCUGCAUUCACAAACCCAACACAGUUUAAACUUUUUCAAUCAAGGGCUUCUGUUUAGUAUUCUUUUGUUAAUGAUAAAUAAAAGCAGAAUUAUGGAAGAAGAUCAAAUACUUCACUGUUCUUUUAUAUAGUUAAAUCUCUUGCUGAAUAAACUAUACCCUCAACAAAUCAAAAUACUUCAAACCAGUGUUUCAAAUACCAAAAAUCAUCACUAUGUUACUGUUCGGCAACUCCAUUCAAAAAAACGUUGGUACUGCAUUCUCAGAAGAAAAAAAAAAUGCAGCUGAGCCAAAUGCUUAAAAGUUUGCAUUCUGAGCAUUUAAA